CUGUGUGAGGAGAGAUUUCAUUGUCAACAGCUUAACGAAAACACGGAACAAUCGCCCGACGGCCUUUCUCAAGAUAUUAAUAUAUAUAAGAGAUUCUUACGGAACCUUUUGUCAACCAGAAGUACUUAUUAAUCUUUCUAACAUUUACCAUUUGAAAUAUAUCAGCACAAAAUGGAAUACGUAUAUUACAUGGAGCGGCGCCUGGUCGAAUUGACGGGUCUCUGUUAAAUCUUCUUAAAACAAUCGGGUUAACCUAAGCAGGAUAAAGGUGCAUUUUGUGAAGUAUCGGCGUCGAUUGUCCCAGGGAUAUUCAUGUGAUCUGUGAAAAACCACAAUUGCUACUUUGGUCCCUGUUGUGUCUCUGAUCAAUGGACAGCAUCACUGAGUGUGAUGCUUCACUGGCUUAUUGAUGUCAUUUCAAUCAUUGCUGUAUCACGUACCGAGGGAAUCUACCACCACAAAGUCGCAAGUUGAGUUGCAAGCUUUGGUUAUUCCCAGAAGAAGGCGAAAGAAGUGAUUCAGAACGCAUGCAUUUUUCAUCUGAUACUAUGCCACGUCCAGGUCAAAAGCUAUGUGUUCUGGAGUUAAGUGCAUUUUAAGGUCUGGAAAACUUUAAAAUGAAAAACAGAAGAAAUGUGAUAUGGCGUCUUAGAGAGGAAAGUUCAUUGAACUUAGCGAAGAGGGCUAAAUGAACUGGGCAUCUAACGUGUGUAAAUACAAUUACUGGAAUCAAGUGUUCAUUACAGUUUGUGAACUAUAUUAGUUUCCUUGACAAGAAUCAUAUCCAAUUAUUGUACUAUGGAACAAGACUAAAAGGAGAUUCGUAUCGGAAACACUGCAUACGUGAAAAAGUAGUGUCACUUUCGUUUUAAUGGAUCUUACUGUAUGGUAUAUUUGUUGUUACGGACACUGAUGUGGAUUAUGUGUGUUCAUGGACACGUAUUGUAUGUGUCUUACAAAUUGAAGCGGGCUAAUACUUUGAUUAACACGUGUCAAACCGGAGAUAUACAUCAACCCUGACACAUACUAUGUCAUGUACGUUAAACUUGUCACGUGAUGUGUGUCACAACCGCUGGUCAUGCGCUGUGUUUCGUAUAAUUUAGACUGGUCACGUAUUGUGCGCCUUUUAAGUUAGACCGGACACAUGCCGUGAGUCGUAUACCAGACAGGUCAAUUACUGUGUGUUAAAAAAAUAAACUGGUCACGUACGAUGUGUCGCAAUGUGCGUUAUUAGUUUUAAAUCAGACACGUACCUUGCGUUGUAAGUGAUAAAUAAAAUACGCCCUGUGCGUUAUAAGUGAUAACUCAGACACGUACGUUGCGUUGUUAGUGAUAAAUCAAACUCGCACUGUGCGUUAUAAGUGAUAAAUCAAAAACGCACCUUGCGUUGUUGAUGAUAAAUCAAACACGCUCUAUGCGUUAUAAGUGAUAAAUCAGACACGUACCAUGCGCUGUUAGUGAUAAAUCAGACACGUACCUUGCGUUCUUAGUGAUAAAUCAAACAGGCACUGUGCGUUAUAAGUGAUAAAUCAGACACGUACGUUGCGUUGAAGGAGAUAAAGCGGACAGGCACCUUUCGUAAUAAAUGAUAAAUCGAAAAGGCACUGUGCUUGAUACAUGUUACAUCAUACUUGCAGUGUUACACACACAUAAUGUGUUUUAUAAAUGUUUCCUAAACAUUACACGAUAGAACGUUACAUCUUAAACGUACAACGGACACGCAUUGUAGAUGAUGCAUUUUACAGUGGACACGCAUUGUGGAUAUUAUACCUCACAAUGGACACGCAAUGUACGUACUGUAAGUUACAGUGGGCGAGUGUUAUGCAGAAUGCGUGCAGUUCCAGAUUUAUUUGGCCAAAUUAGUAAGAUACUGGUGUUAUAAACGCGGUUACACUGAAACAUCGAAGUCAGUUUAUAAUGAAGUAAUUUACAGGACCUCAUUAUAUCGUGGCUUGAACGGAUGCGUGUACAAACGCUCUCUCGUUUUAAUGUCAAGUGUGAUGAUCAACAAGAGACGCCAUGCCAUGCUUGGUCACUACUCAUGUCAUCUGUUGCAAAAUCACGAACUCAAGCGUAGAGUCUUAAUUGGCUUGGAGUGGGAUGCAGUCAUAUUGCAAACAGUUGACGGCGAGUCGCACCGUUACCAACAGCGUGCUUGUUACUGCGUAGAGAAGAAUGCACUGCAAGUGCUGGAAUAAGCGCUAAACAACGUUGAGAGGGAUACAUUGCAAGUGUCGGAAUAUGCGUUCGCAGACCUGAGUAGGAUACGCUAUAAGGGCCGGAAUAUGAGCUAAACGGGCUUGAGAAGGAUACGUUUCAAGUGCCGGAAUAUGCGCUAAACAACGCUGAGAAGGAUGCGUUGCAAGUGCCGGAAUAUGAGUUAAACGGACUUGAGAAGGAUACGUUGCAAGUGCCGGAAUAUGAGUUAAACGGACUUGAGAAGGAUGCGUUGCAAGUGCUCGAAUAUGAGUUAAACGGACUUGAGAAGGAUACGUUGCAAGUGCCGGAAUAUGAGUUACACGGGCUUGAGUAGGAUACGUUACAAGUGCCUGUAUAUGCGCUAAACGGGUUUGAGAAGGAUACGUUGCAAGUGCCGGAAUAUGAGUUAAACGGACUUGAGAAGGAUACGUUGCAAGUGCCGGAAUAUGAGUUAAACGGACUUGAGAAGGAUACGUUGCAAGUGCCGGAAUAUGAGUUAAACGGACUUGAGGAGGAUACGUUGGAAGUGCCGGAAUAUGAGUUACACGGACUUGAGAAGGAUACGUUACAAGUGUCGGAAUAUGAGUUACACGGACUUGAGAAGGAUACGUUACAAGUGCCGGAAUAUGAGUUAAACGGACUUGAGAAGGAUACGUUACAAGUGCCGGAAUAUGAGUUACACGGGCUUGAGUAGGAUACGUUACAAGUGCCUGAAUAUGCGGUAAACGGGAUUGAGAAGGAUAGAUUUCAAGUCCCGAAUUAUGCGCUAAACGGAAUACGUGCCAGGGGUUGGAGAAACAAGGUUCCUAGCUUUGACACAAAGGAUACCAGUAAUCCAUAAAUAGGAACACUUCAUAACGCUGAGAUUCGACACGCGACUUCUCAUUUGCCGAGAAGUCACGCAAAGUGCUACGAGUUUCAAAGUGCUACGGGAAACGUUGCGCAGCACAGCGGUGUUGGAGCGUGUAGACAAGCUGACAUUGUAGGCACUUGGAAGGGGGAGCUGUAUCGCCAGGUUUUGUGUCCCUGGAGCCACACUGCGCAGUGUUUAAGAGCAAAGCAGUCAGUGGCCUAUAAAACCCCAAUCUAUCGUCGUUGAGACUGAGGGGGUGAAAUUUGACACCUCUAACGCUUCCGUUCUACUUUUAUUGCCGAGUGGUAAUUCAACAAAAAACGAUUUUCACACAACAUUUACUCGUCGAAAAAUACGCUGUAAAAUAUUACCCUGUGUCUCAGUGCAUUAUUCUAAAACCAUUCCCCGACGCCAAAAAUAACCCCCCUCUGAUAACAGCGUGUAAGACGAGCAAGAACUUACACAACUGGAAACGCAGGUUCUGAUGGGGAUGGUUCACGUACUGAGCCAUAGAGAGAGGGGUUAGUCCUCCAGCCUAGGCGAGAAUCAUCACACAGAUUCGUGGAGGGAGUUGAGGAUGGCUGUUCCCGCAGAACUCAUGUUGUUAAUGAUGGGGGUCGUCGGUGUGUACGUGUUCCCCGUAGGGGCAGGGGAGGUUUACACGUCGGUGGCCAAACUGAAGUUGUUGCCACGUAUCGAGAAGAAACUGAUUGAUGCUUGUGAUAGGUAUCUUGACAGUCGGCCAGAAGACCCGGGAUUACACAACAUCAAAAGGUUCUUGUCAUCCACGCGCCCCCUGAAUCAACUAGCGUGCGACAACCCAGCUUACCUCGAGAAUCCCGUCAACGGCUUCCGGUUCCUGUGGCGCCUUGUGGACGGAUGGCAGAGAGCCACCAGGGUGCGCGGGGACUGUGACAUCAGAGACGCUUCGAUAAGUUUUCUCAAGCAGAUUCGUUCUUCCAUCAACUCCGUGUCGUCGUGGCCUUCUCAUGAAGACGUCACAGGGUCGGCGAUAGCUCUCACAAAGUUGUUGCACACUUAUGACCUUGACCCCGAUGACGUUGCCAAAGGGAGAUUACUCCACACUCAAACAACGCCUCUUGAUGCAGAUGAGCUCUUUGUUCUUGGAGAGGAAGUGCAUCACCAUCACACUGCACACGAUGCCCGGAUGUGGCUCAACAUCUCCAUUACAAGACUAGAAGAAAUGCGCGAUCAAGAAAGGCUACUGAAAGACGUACAUCACAGACUAAGAGAGGUGGAAGAAAAGAUCGAGGCGAAGAGAUACAACGGUCACGUGGUCUCUGAAGCCCCUGACAUCCUCUUCACAGUCGGUUAUGAAGAGCUGGAUGAAGAUGAUGGUGAAGGGGAUGUGCAUUUGCCCGUGUUGCCAAGCAACAAAACGGCUCGGCCAGUCAGAGGAUUUUAUCAGUCGGCAUAUGAAGAUCUUUGUCGUCAGGACCGUAAGAGCCCAAGAGAAAUUUCCGAUCUCGCCUGCUGGUAUCAACAGACAGCCAUUCCUUACUUGAAGGUCAAGGUUGAACACCUUCACCUCGACCCUGCCAUUUUGAUGUACCAUGACGUCAUCAGCGAUAGUGAAAUAGACGCAGUGAAAAAUGUAUCAAUGAGGCUGUUGAAGCGGUCAUUGUUGGGUAAACCAGACGGUUCAGGUCACGAGGGCAUGAACGAGAGGAUAAGUCAAAGUGCAUGGGUAUUUGAUGACUUGGAAGUGACGUCACGGCUUUCUCGGCGCAUUCAGUUGUUCACGGGUUUAAGCACGAGACUUCAAAGGAUAUACAGUCACGCCGAGGCUUUUCAGGUGGUCAACUACGGUCUGGGAGGUCUCUACGAACCUCACGAGGACUCCGUGCGGAUGUACCGGAAGCUGGGAUACGAAAAGUCUCCGUCAGUCCGCCAUUCUGGUGACCGGCUUGCUACGUGGCUGUUCUAUAUGAGCGACGUACCAGCAGGGGGAGCCACGGUCUUCCCUCUCAUCAAUACACGUGUUCCAGUAACCAAGGGCGCAGCGGCGUUCUGGUAUAACCUGCACCGGAACGGUAAACCGGAUCUGAGGACUAUACACGCCGGAUGCCCGGUUCUUAUCGGGGAUAAGUGGAUUGCCAACAAAUGGAUAAGAGAAGUCGGACAGACAUUCCGGCGACCGUGCUCACUUGAUCCUGAUGAAUGAUAUGAUGAGCACCGUCUUCCUAUAAAGGGACCGACCAUGUUAUAUUCGGGGGAGUGCUGGAUAUUUUUUCGAUUGUUUAGCGUGUGAAUUUACACCCAAAUUACAGGUUCAAAGAUGUGUUGUGAGUGAAAAUAAUCCCCAUUCCUAAGCCUAACCCCAUCCCCAAACCCAUCCCUAACCCAAUCCCCAUUCCUAACCCAUCUCUAACCCCCAUCCCCAUUCCUAACCCUAACCCCAUCCCUAACCC